CCACCGGUCAAAGAUCGACCGCGCCGAUUCUGGCAGCACUCCUCUUCCCUCGGCUCCUCCUCCGCCACCGCCCGCCGCUCCAUUCGGCGCCGGCGCCGGCGGCCGUCGACUCAAAAUUCCAUCUCAGAUCGAUGAGAGCUCUGUCGCCACCAUUACGCUGAUCUGCAAGGCUCUGCAGAAAUGCAGUGUAAUUGAGUACAUGGAAAGUCCCUGAGACGUUUUGCAGACAGAGGGUUUAUUGGUUGUAAUUGCAAGGGAAAUACUGAUUGUUCCAUGCUUUUGGUACCUCAAUUGCUUUUUUCGCACGCUGUAUGAAUAUUAGAACCUUAUGUUUUGUUACCCGGUGGACCAGUGCAAAAUUCUGGUUAACCUCUUUUGCUCUAGGGUGCUGAGGUUUUCUGUUUUAUGCACGAGUUUCUGAGAGCUCUUGGGUGAGUCUGGGUCUGCAGACCUAGUAAGCAGUUGGCAAGCACAAUGGCCAAGAUCAGGGAUCGCACUGAGGACUUCAAAGAUGCAGUGCGACAGAGUGCUAUUUCUAUGGGAUAUAACGAGUCCAAGCUGGCCGCUACCAUGGCAUCUUUCAUAAUACACAAGCAGCGGGAAAGAUCAGCUUUCACCAAGGCAGCACUAAAAACGCUUGAAAGCAUCCAAACUUUGGAACAAUUUAUGAGGAAGCAUCGGAAGGACUACGUGGACCCACUCCGCACCACAGAACAGGAGAGAGAUAGCAUUGAACAGGAAGUUACUGCUUUCAUCAAAACUUGCAAAGAACAGAUUGAUAUCCUGCAAGUUAGCAUAACUGAGGAGGAAAAAAAGUUGAAGGGAUGGCUUGCCCUUAGUGCUGAUGGCUCUAAUGCUGAUACCAUAGCACACAAACAGGGAGUGGUAUUGAUCUUAAGUGAGAAGCUUCAUUCUGUCACUGCACAGUUUGAUCAGCUUAGAGCCAUACGCUUCCAGGAUGCCAUCAAUAGGGUGACACCUAGAAGAAAACCUAAACAAUCUACCAGUUCAAUUCCUGUAGAUAACUCAAACGGUAAUGUGGAAUUCAAAGAGUCUAACGAAGUUCCAGGUGAGCUUCUGAGAGUCCAGCAACAACACUUGGAUGAUGAGACCCGUGCCCUUCAGGUAGAGUUGACGAGCCUUCUAGAUUCAGUCCAACAAACGGAAACGAAGAUGGUGGAAAUGUCUGCAUUGAAUCACCUCAUUUCCACACAUUUGUCUUUGCAUGGUUUAUAUACCCUAGUGUCUACUGUAUGUUGUGCCGCAUUAUAUGUUGCCCUUUGAUUUGGGUUUUUCAGCUUAACCUGGACAGCUACUAGGUGAUGUUAUAGUAAUAUCUUUACUGAUGGCGUAUGCUAUCCUUUAGAUUUAUUGCAAUUAUAUCACUAUUAAUCAUAAAUUUUGAGUAGGUGAAUGUCAAAAGUGGUAAAACUCGUGUUCAAAUUGGAGAAGUUGACUUCUAAACCAAGUUGGUUGUUCAAAUUUCCCUCUAGUAGAUUGUCUCCCUUUCUCUAUUUGAGGGAAAAAAUUAUUAGGUGGAUGUAUCCAUCUGAACAUUGAAUUAAUUGUUUCGAUGUGGAAAGCUGGGGGACCCACUAGAUUGAAUUAUUC